AACCAAUCAGGCGACGCAUUCCAUCCCGAACUUAAUUCUUAUCCUGUCCUCAAACGUAAAAAUUUAGUGUUCCACUGCCUUUGGUCUGGAACGGUUCGGUAUUUUGUUCUUUUCAAAAUGCAUUCCAGAAUAAUUACGUGGGCAAUAACCGUCCUCCUCGUGGUGGUAACUCCAUCACUCUGGGGCGCGUCUGGCCAUCAAGACCCACCGACGCUGUACGAAUACUUUUCCAGCCCCGAUGGAGAAAACGUUACCGGGCUGGUGGCAGAGGUGGAUGGCUUCAAACUAAAUGGCAGAUUAAUUCGCCUCAUUUCCGGAGCAAUGCACUACUUCCGGAUCCACCCAGCCCUUUGGAGAGAUCGGCUCAGAAAAUUGAGAGCCACCGGGGCUAAUACUGUUGAAACGUACGUCGCAUGGAACCUUCACGAGCCGAGGAAGGACGAAUGGGACUUUGGCACGGGGGACAACGACAACUCAAUCUUCCUCGACAUCCGCACCUUCAUUCAAAUGGCCAAGGAGGAAGAUUUGCUCGUCCUCUUCAGACCCGGUCCGUACAUUUGCUCGGAAUUCGAGUACGGGGGAUUGCCCAGCUACCUACUUCGAGACCCCAACAUGAAGGUGCGCACGGCUUAUCAACCGUACCUCGACCGGGUCAAGGUUUACAUGGAUAACCUUCUUCCGCAAGUUACUGACCUUCAGUUCACUCGAGGUGGACCAAUUAUUGCGCUUCAGUUGGAGAACGAGUACGCCUCUUUCGACAUGAUCGAACUCGAAUAUUUGGAAUUUCUUCGUCAAACGUACUGGGACAAUGGGAUUGAUUCGCUCCUCUUCACGUCCGACGGGUCAUGGAACGGUGAAAAAGGAAGUUUACCCGGCGUUCUUAAAACUGCGAAUUUUGGUAGCGGCGCAGAAUCCAAUUUCGACGACCUGCUCUCCUUCCAACCGGAUAAGCCCGUGAUGUGCAUGGAAUUCUGGUGUGGUUGGUUUGACCACUGGUUCGAAGAUCACAGCACUACUUCGCCCGAUGACAUGGCUGCAACUCUUGAAGUCAUUCUUGGCCCGAGAUACAAUGGAUCUGUCAAUUUUUAUAUGUUUGAAGGGGGCACUAAUUUCGGAUUUAAUGCGGGCGCAAAUCAUGGCCCGCAUUAUGCACCCGAUGUCACAAGCUACGAUUACGACGCGCCACUAUCCGAAGCGGGUGACUACACGCCAAAAUACUACCGAAUUAUGGAAGCCUUCGGUCGCUACCAAAUCCCGGUCUUGAAACGGCCCGACUUGCCCUUGCAAAGUUACAAGGUUGCUUAUCCAUCCAUCCCGGUCCAGACUUAUCUCUCCUACUCGGAUAUUCUCGAUAAGGCGCCGGCCUCUCACAAGUUCCAAAUCCAGGACAGAACUACGAUGGAAAAUUUUCCGAUAAAUGGAGAAUCUGGCCAGAAACAAGGAUACGUUGUGUACCGAAAGCGGGCAAAUACUACGGGCGGGAGCGCUACCCGUUUUUCGGCCGGUCGUGUCCGUGACUUUGGUCUCCUAAUCGUGGACGGUGAACUUCAACCAUUUCCCCGGGAUGAAAAUGGGACGGUGAUGUACUGGCUAAAUUCCGUCCAAGAUUACGACCUCACCCUGCCCGACGGGGAACAUACGUUUGACCUUUUGAUCGAAAACAUGGGUCGGGUUAACUUUGGAUACGCCUGGAGUUUCGAGCAGCACAAAGGACUUUCCCCCGCGGAGCCAACGUAUCACUUGAAUGGCGAAGAAAUCAGGGACAUUGAAGUCACGUCGUUGGAAUUCAAGGGGUCCUGGGUCAAAAAUUUGACCGGAUGGCGACCGAACGAUGGGACGCUCCAAGCGCCCGUCCUUGUCCAGUCCUCCUUCGUGAUUGCGCAAGGAAUGCCACCUGGCGACACGUUUGUCGACAUGAGCGGCUGGGGAAAAGGAAUCGUUUUCAUCAACGGGUUCAAUCUGGGACGCUAUUUCAACGUCGGACCCCAACAAACCCUCUACAUUCCGGCACCAUUCUUGCUAGAGGGUGAAAACUUGAUCACGAUUUUUGAGCAACUCCAACCCCACAAUGAAAUCAAAUUUUCAGCCACGCCCAAUCUUGGGCGAGCGGUGGGGAGGAAAUUGGGAAAAUAUGGCCCGUCACAUUUUGACUUUAAUUAAAGACGUUUUUCAGCCUUUCAAUUGUAUCAGUCAUAAAAAAAUGUGUCCUAUUAAAUAUCAUCGUUACAAAU